GCGUAAUCGUAGCGUUCAACACCGUCUCUCUACCCAAGCGCUUGCUGGUUGUGGCGUACUGAUCAAUUACAUCCUUCCGCUAAUUAGAGUUUGUUGUUGUAGGUAGCCAUGACUUUGAGAACAGUACUGCUCUUGCUUGUGGUGCUGGCGUCUCCAGCGCUGGGUCAGCUACUGGGAAUUGGGUCCUGCCCCAGCGUCACUGCGAUGGCCAACAUCGACUCGACUUCUCUGCUGGGCACGUGGUACGAGUACAAGCGCUACUCGAAUUCCUUCGAGCUGGGCAGCAAAUGCGUCAUCGCAAACUUAGAAACCGCCGCAGACAACAGCACCAUCGACAUCACCGUCUCCCUGACCAACUUCUUGACUCGGAAAGAGACCAUCGUCGAAGGCACAGCGUUACAGACCAGCAGCGAUGGUAGUGGGGUUUUCACCCUCAACUUCCCAGAUAUAAAUGCUUCUGGUGCAGUGACGAUUCUCGGAUCGGAUUACGACAACUACGCCGUAGCGUGGUCGUGCAAGAAGAUUCUCGGAAUUUUCCACUAUAAAUAUUCAUGGCUUUUGUCCCGGGAGAAGUCACCAAGCAAAGACGUGGUAAAUAAAAUGAAAGCCGAUCUGAAAAACAACAACCUGUCAACGCUGUUUUACAUAAAGACGUUGCAGUCUUGUAACUAACUUGUAUUCGAGUUAUUGCUAGUACUAUCUCUAGAUUCACAUGUGGACGUUCUCGGGUAUUUAAUUGGGUACCUGAGAUAUUGCAUGACAGUUGAAGAAUAUUUCUGAGUUCGCCUAUUUGUAAGAAGUUUAAUUUCUA